UGCCGGACAUUCUAGCCCGGGCGCUUCAGAUUUCAGGCCGAGCGGGGCGCCUGGCCAAAUAAGGUCUGCAGGAAACCCUGGAAAGGAAAGUGAAACUUAUUAUUUCUACAUUGCUGACACGGAGCUGAGACGCCAUUACAGGCUGAAGGAUAUUAACCACAAAUCAGAAGGAUUGUAACCUGAAAUUCAAAGGGACAAACAUUUGGUGAGUCUUGCUGUUAAAGGAUAAUUCACUUAUCUGAGAAAAUGGCUGAGAAAACGGCUCUUUUUGAAAGUUUCCUGAGCUGCCAUGUGUGUUCAGAGACUUUCAGAGAUCCUGUGUCUCUGAGCUGCGGCCACAGCUUCUGUUCAAGCUGCCUGAAGAAAUUCUGGGAACAAACUAAAAACAAAAACUGUCCCAUUUGUAAAACAAAGUCCUUAAUUGAUGAACCAGCUGUAAACCUUUCACUGAAGGAUCUGGCUGACUCCUUUGCUGAGAGACAGAAAUCUGGAUCAUCUGAGACAGAAAAAGAAAAAAAGAAAAAAGAGACGGUGAGAUGUAAACAUCCAGAAGAGCCUAGAUUGUUCUGUAAGGAUGAAGACAGAGCUGUGUGUCCUGUCUGUGAGUUUUCUCUCCACCAGAGUCACAAAGUGGUUCCUAUAGAACAAGCAGUCAGUGACCUGAAGGACCAGCUGAAAUCUGACUUACAGUCUCUGCAGGACAAGAGGGACAAAUAUGAAGAUGUAGAGGACAUAUACAAAGAAAUGAUUGAACACUCCAAGGAGCAGCUGUUGUCCACAGAGAGACAGAUCAGAGCAGAGUUCAACAAGCUCCACCAGUUCCUGAAAGAGGAAGAGGAGUCCAGACUGGCAGCUCUGAGGGAGGAAGAGGAGCAGAAGGGGAAGACUAUCAGCAGAGAGAUGAAGAGGAUUCAGGAGCAGAUCUCCUCUCUGUCAGACAGUAUCUCUGCUGUUGAAGAAGAGCUGCAGAAACACAAGGUGCCAUUCCUCAGCAGUUAUAAAGCCACUCAGACCAGAGCCAGAGUCCAGUGCUCACUGUCAGAUCCACAGCUGCUCUCAGGAGCGCUGAUAGAUGUGGCCAAACACCUGGGCAACCUGUCCUUCAGAGUCUGGGAGAAGAUGAAGGAGAAGGUCCACUUCACUCCUCUCAUUCUGGACCCAAACACUGCAGCCUACAGUCUCUAUCUGUCUGAUGAUCUGACCAGUGUGAGACAUGGAGACACAAACCAGCAGCUUCCUGAUAAUCCAGAGAGAUUCACUAAGUAUCCAGAUGUUCUGGGCUCUGAGGGCUUCAGCUCAGGGAAACACAGCUGGGAGGUGGAGGUGGGAGAUCAUCCUCACUGGUUUGUAGGUUUGGUUAAAGAGUCAGUUGACAGGAAGGGACAGAGAUAUGCUUCACCAAAAUGUGGAAUCUGUUGUUUAGUUCUUCGGAAUGGAAAAUACACUAAUGUUGUUGGUCAGACUGUCAGAGUGAAGAAGAGUCUCCAGAGGAUCAGAGUCCAGCUGGACUAUGACAGGGGGGAGGUGUCCUUCUACGACCCUGAAGACAAAAUGACUCACAUCUACACUCACAGAGACACUUUCACUGAGAAACUCUUCCCAUUGUUCAGUCUUGGAAAGUCUGGUAAAGCUAAAACUGCUGAUAUCAAAAUCUGUCCAACAGAUUUCUCUGUGCUGUUUAGAAACGGUGGUGAGGUUUAACUGAUUCAUCAUGUUCUUUGUUUAUCAUGGUGGUGGGUUGUUUUGUCAGUUCAGACAAAUUCCAGUUAGUUCCUUUACACGUGACAAUGAUUAAAUGUGAAGUACAUACAUUUACUUUUCUUUUUUUACAUCUUCUUACUAUUGAAUUGAUGUGAACUGAAUAUUUGGUGUUUUUGUUUUGUAUCUACUUAAAUUGCUGCUUUUAAAUUACUCGACAAAACCUUAAAAUUGUAAAAGUAUCAGCAUCUAAUUGUUCUUAAAGUAUUUUUUUUAAAGGUACUCGUUAUGCAGAAUGAACCCAAUCAGAUUGUUUUAUAUAUUCUAAAUAUGUUAUUGGAUUAUUAUUAUUGAUUAAUUUAUGUGGGCCAGAUUUGACUACCUAAUAUAGUGUUAUUUGGUUUAAUUUACAAAACAAAAAUCCUUAAUCAUUUGAAAUAGAUCUUUUUUUCAUGUUAGAAAAAAAACCUGACUGCCAAUUACUAAUAAGUGUCUCUGAAUGUAUUAUUAUCAGUACAUCAAAAUUUUAUCUUUCAAAUCUCAUGGUUAUCAUCAACACUGGUAUGUUGCAACACCUCCAAUAUAAAGCACAUUUUAAACAUCAAGUAAGUAAGUAAAUUAGUAAAUAAAUACAAAUGCAAAUUUUAUAUUUCUUACUUGUGUAUGUUUGUUUAGCUUAUAUUUUAACUGCAUGUUUAUAUUAUUGUGUAUAUAUAUGCACUAUUGUAUUUCAAUUUGUCCUGUAUCUGUAUAUACAGUGUGAACACCACAAUCACUAUAUUUCUGUUGAUGA